CCCUGAUUGGUGCAGCUUUAAAAUCCACCAAGUCAUCAGAUUGUAAUUUACCGCUUGCAUAAGACAUGUUUUUGACCCUUCCACGUGAAACCAACCAUAAAUGUCACCAAACCCACAGUUUGACUUUACUCUAUCUCUCCCAAAGUCAACAUAAACGUGUCAUGCAUGCGACGAAUGUGCAUCAAGUUUUAUAUAAAUGAUUUCUUUGCCGUGUGAUCUAGGGAAAAAAAACUGAUUUAUAUGAAAAAGAAUCUACGUAACUAUGGGGUCGUUCAGUAGGCAAAGGAUUCGAUUCUGUUAUGCAGUAAAGUUAUCUCUUAGUUUUAAUCAUCAAAAUAGGCAAUCUAAGGUUCUGAUUCAAGACAAACUGAUAACUAUAAAUUCUACUAACCAUAAAGACAUUAAUUAAUUCAUUUUAUCUCCUGUUCUUCUUCUUUUCAAUAUACAAAAAAUCUUAUAUAUGUGUAAGAAGAAGACAGAAAAUAGAAACUGCAAUCUUUUCCUUCAAAGGUGCCAGAAAAAAAAGACUCAAGUCCAACAUAGCAAUCCUGGAAGAAAUGUAUUCAAAACGAUGUCCCUGUCACGAUACUCCUUUAAAAUCUACAAAAAUCUCAUCAAAAUGCGAUGUAUGUUACGAAGAAGAUGUCCAUGACAACAAGCAAGGUUACAAGUGUGAUCGCUGCGAUUUUUAUGUCCACGAGGAAUGCAUAGACCCCAACAUUCCUUCUCGUCAUAAACACCCUCUCAAGCUCACAAGCACUCACAAAAGAUAUGAAACAUGUUGUCUAUGUGAAAAAGAUAGGCUGAUACUGUUGUAUCAGUGUUUACCUUGUGCUUUCCGUAUAUGUAUCCAAUGUGUAAGAAGACCUCUGAUCCUGAAGCCAAAUAAGACCCACAAGCAUGAACUCCACCAAGUACCGAUAAAACUCUCCUUCACAUGUGAUGCAUGUGGGUUGUGCAGUUCAGAGUACCCGUAUAUUUGUCUUCAAUGUUGUUUCAUAAUCCAUAGAAAAUGCAUCUUCUUACCACGUGUUAUAUAUAUCAACCGCCACGACCACCGCAUCGCUCAUGUUUUCUCUCUUGGCCCGGGGAAUUGGAUUUGUGGGGUAUGCCGUGCGCCUGUCAAUGGAAUAUAUGGAGCAUAUUCUUGCUUAAUUUGCUCUUAUGCUGUUCAUUCAAAGUGUGCCACAGCUGGUGAACUUUGGGAUGGGAGAGAGCUCGAAGGGACACCUGAAAAAGAAGAAGAAGAAAGUAAGCCAUUCCAAGUGAUAGAUCAAAACCUAAUUAAACAUUUUAGCCAUGAACACAAUCUUAAGGUUUCACUAGGACUUGAAGAAGAAGAUAAACAUUGCUAUGCAUGCACGCUUCCUUUUAAUUCUGAAAGGUGUUACAGAUGUACACAAUGUGAUUUCAUACUUCACGAUGCAUGCGCUAAUCUUCCUCUGCAAAAAAGGCACCCCGUCAGCAACAAAAAACUUACUUUGUAUGCUCAGCAUGAUAACUAUUUUGUUUGUGAAGCUUGUCUACGUCAUUGCAACGAUUUCUCAUAUUACGGAGACAACUUGAAUAUUGAUGUGCAGUGUGCUUCAAUUACUGAUGCAUUUUAUCAUGAAAGCCAUCCACAUUGGUUGUAUUUGUUACAAUUUAACUAUGAGACGACACACAAGAGGUGUUCAGUUUGUAACUCAGUCCAUUUUAUGCUUCUGGGUUGCAUUAAUCAUGAUGUUUGCGGAGGCUUCAGUUUAUGCUUCACAUGCGCUACUCUACCCACACAGGUAAGACACAAAUACGAUGACCAUCCUCUCUCUUUAUGCUAUGGUGAAGGAAAUGUGAAUUCAACAUAUUGUUGCGGGGUAUGUGAAGAGGAAGUAUACCCCAAGAGAGGGGUUUACUGGUGUGGUGAUUGUAACUCCACUCUUCAUACUAAAUGCGUAUUUAAAAAUCUAUUACACCCAAGACCUGGAUACACUUUAGUGAUACGUGACAAAGGAACAUUUGAAUUGCUUCCCAAUGAUAGCAUGUCUCGGCCAACUUGCUAUGUAUGUAAAAGCCGUUGUAUGGGUGAUUUGGUUCUGAAAAGUAAGGCAGAUUCAAGUGUAUUCAUGUGCUCUUCUUGUGGCUUUUAUGAUUAUUAAUCGCAUCAUUUGAAAAUAACUUCUAUUUAUAAA